AUACUUUCAAAGAAACACAAAGAACAAGUGAAGCACGAAAAAAGAAUAUGGGGUGGACAUGGAAGGAAUCACACUUAGACUUAUUCGUGGUGCCAUUAGGGUUACUAAUCAUGUGUAUCUAUCAUCUAAUCCUUCUCUACAAAUACCAUAUCAUUCCCGAAACCACAACAAUCGGGUUUGAAAACCAUAAUAAAAGUGCAUGGGUUGAGAAAAUGCUUCAGAUUGAAACUAGAGAUAGAGGGUUUGCUAUAUCGGUCCUUAGUAGUAACUUAAACGGAGCAAUCUCUUUGGCUUCAAUUUCUCUAGUUUUAUGCUCGCUUAUCGGAGCUCUACUUGGAGGUUCUUCCACAAACUUCUUCACAAGCCAUUUUAUCUAUGGGGACAAAAGUCACACCACUAGGUCAAUAAAGUACAUCUCCAUGAUAACUUUCUUCUUGUUAGCAUUUGCAUGUUUUGUACAAACUACAAGACAUUUUGUGCAUGCUAGUUUCCUCAUUAGCAUGCCUAAAGGUGAAGUUCCUAUGAAAUAUAUCCAAAAGGCAUUGAUACGAGGAAGUAUCUUCUGGCUUGUUGGAUUGCGUGUGCUCUACAUUGCAGGGACUUUGGUUUUAUGGAUAUUUGGUCCAAUUCCAAUGCUUGUUUCAUCGGUAGUUUUAGUUGUUCUUUGGCAUUUUUUGGAUACUAAUAAAGAUGAAAUGAUUCGGUAUCAAUCCAACCAUAAUGGUGGCAACUUUUUGAGGAAUAAUAAUAUCGGUAGCUUUUGACUAUGGUGGAAGGUCAAAGAGAGAAGAAACAAUCCCGCUAGAGUCUCAAGGUUUCAUGUAGGCAAUGAAGAUGAGUUUCACUUGGGUCC